AUGCAAAGCAAGCCGGCGCUGACGAACGCGGCGCAGCCGGCCGCGGGCUCAGCCGCCGCCAACAAGGGCGAUUUCCUCGCACUUCCCUUUCCGCCCCAGAAACUUCCCGGGGUCGGCCACCGGGCGUUGCGGGAAGCCUUUGGCAGUCUUGAUGUGGACGGCAACGGCUUCAUCGGGGCUGCGGAAUUACGGCACUUUCUCACGGUUUUAGGGGAAAAGCCACUAGAUGAGGAGAUUGACGAGAUGAUCCGCAUGGUGGAUGAGGACGGGAUCGGGCAGAUCGGCAUAGAGGAGUGGAUGCGCGUGUUUGGCGAGGCCGCGGUGGUGAACGAAAUGAAGAACGUCAAGUUUGCCUCCGACAAGACAAAAAAGGAGCUCGAGCAGCUGGCGUCACAGGGUAAGUUUGAUAUAGUACAGUGUGUAUGUGUGGUGUGUGCCUAUCGGCAGAACAAAGUAUUUGCUUUCGGUUACGAUCUUUCGGCCAACCAUGCGAGUCACGCUUUUUGGAAAGUGCCCUCCUCCUGAAACAGGUAUUGAGAACGUGGCGGGCGCCCAGCAGGCCGCAGAGCUGCGGAAGAAGGAGGCCCGGGCGGCGCGGAAGAACGUUUUGAAUGCGGACAAGGACAUGAAGCCGGGUGACGCAACCGAAAAGAACUACAACAUCUUGCGGCAGUUUGCUGUGGCGCCGAACGAGCUGAAGCGGUACUACGAGCGCUUCUUGGAGAUUGAUCGCGACGAGCUGGGGAGUAUCACUUACUCCGAGUUCUGCUUAGUGCUUGAGGAAGACGAUAACGACAUGAUUCGUGCGCUGUUUGACAUCUUCGACAUGGACGGGAGCGGAACCGUAGAAAUGGUCGAGUUCAUCGUCGGGCUGUCUGCCUACUGCUCCAGUACCACGAAGGAGGAAAGGCUGAAGUUCGCGUUCAUGAUCUGCGACACGGAGAACACGGGGCACCUGGGCAAGGAAGAAAUCGGCCAGAUCCUGAAGGCGAACUUUCUGGCGCAGCAGUCCUCCACACAGGACAUCAACCGGCGGGUGGAUAAGGUGUUCACGCUGGCCAAAAAGGCCAAGUCGGAACGCAUCACCUUCGCCGAGUUCAUCGACGUCGCGAAACGGGUGCAGGGCCUGGUCUAUCCGGCCUACGCAAUCAUGGACGACGUCACGAAACUGCAGCAAGAAAGACAAAGAUGA